UUUUCAUUUUUCCUCAAAACACUGGCUUGAAGAAAAAGAAAAGCCCCUCCUUAACCCUCGCAAGAGUUCAUCGUCACAAACGAACACACUCACCAACAGAGAGAUAGUUUUCCGAUUGAAAAUAUAUUUGAUCGAUAAAGAUGUUUAGAAACCAGUACGACACCGACGUCACAACAUGGUCGCCGGCAGGGCGGUUGUUUCAGGUCGAGUACGCCAUGGAGGCUGUAAAGCAAGGAUCCGCGGCCAUUGGUCUCCGAUCCAAGACGCAUGUUGUUCUCGCCUGCGUCAAUAAAACUAAUUCGGAACUUUCAUCGCAUCAGAAGAAGAUCUUCAAGGUCGACGACCAUAUCGGCGUCGCCAUCGCUGGUCUCACCGCUGACGGCCGUGUUCUGUCCCGUUACAUGAGAUCCGAGUGUAUCAAUUACGGUUAUACCUACGAGUCUCCUCUUCCUGUUGGCCGUUUAGUUGUUCAGCUCGCCGACAAAGCUCAGGUGUGCACUCAAAGGUCAUGGAAACGCCCUUACGGUGUUGGUCUACUGGUGGCGGGGUUAGAUGAAUCCGGGGCCCACCUCUACUACAACUGCCCUAGCGGCAAUUACUUUGAAUACCAAGCUUUUGCCAUUGGGUCCCGCUCACAAGCUGCAAAGACUUACUUGGAACGCAAGUUUGAAAAGUUCACGGGGUCCACACGUGAUGACCUCAUCAAGGAUGCACUUUUUGCCAUUAGAGAGACUUUGCAAGGUGAAAAACUCACCAGCAGUGUGUGCACAGUGGCGGUGGUUGGUGUAGGAGAAGCUUUCAGUAUUUUGGAUCAGGCGACUGUACAGGGGUUGAUUAAUGAGUUUGAGAUUUCCGGUGAAGAGGCUGGUGGUGCUGCUGCGGAGGAGGCUGGUGGUGCUGCUGCUGACCAGGGAGGAGCUGCGGUGGAGCAAGAGGCUGCUCCUAUGGAUAUUUGAUUUGAGAAGUGGAGGUGUUUCUUUGUUUUAGAAUAUGUGAUAAAUUGAGAUGAUUACUUGUUGGAAUC